CUCAUAUUUAGAGGAAAAUGGAUUUACGGCUGAAGUCGCUCUACCGUAAAGUGAGUGUCGGGAACACACGGAAGGUUAAAGUGAAGCCAACAAAACAAGAACCAUGCCGUUCGUCGACCUCCAGGGGAAGCUGGGCAUCAACAUGGACCGCUGGUUGCUGCUGCAAAGCGGCGAGCAGCCCCACAAGCGGGCGGCCCGAUGCCACGCCUUCGAGAAGGAGUGGAUCGAGUGCUCCGACGGUAUCGGCCAGACCCGGGCCAAGAAAGAGUGCAAGCUGGAGUUUGAGGACUUCUAUGAGUGCAUGCACAGGGAGAAGAUGCACAAGAGGUUAUAUGAGAUCCGCCAACAGCGUGACAAGAUGGUGAAGGAGGGCACCUACCAGCCUCCAGCACACCACACCGGACAGGCUGACGAGAGGCCCUGAACACACACACACGUACCCACAAGUCUCUGCUGUGUGAGACCUGCCGUGCCCCCAACCUUGUGUAUAAUAAUUAUUCUUCAGAUGUCACUUUUGUUGGUUUCGCUGUACAAGUUUGCAAAUAUAUAUUAUGAUUGAUCAUC